GCCACUUUACUCUAUCGCGUAAGGUGGUUAGCUAGGAAACGUUCGCCAUGCCGGUUUUCCUUGGCGUGGGUUCCGCCCGUUAGUGCUGGCGAGGAGAAGGCCGGAGGAGGAGGAGGACGGCGCCAACGACGAUGAUGGCGCCUCAAACCGACAAAGGAGGGGAGAGGGACCUCGAAUCGGGGUUGGCCCGCGGAAGCCCUAGCCAUCGGUCUUCGUCGCCCAUCCGGGCACUGUCUCUGUCGCUCUCCGGGAAGCGGAUGGACCGGGAAGCCGCGGCGUCCCCCUCGGCGUCGGCGCCCGCCACGCCCGCACUGGUGUUGUCGAACUCCGGGAAGCGGAUGGACCAGGCGGCGUCGCCGUCGCUGGUGCUUUCCAACUCCGGCAAGCGGAUGGACUCGUUGGGCAAGAAGAAGUACGUGAAGCAGGUGACCGGGCGGCACAACGACACGGAGCUCCACCUCGCCGCGCAGCGCGGCGACCUCGCGGCCGUGCGGCAGAUCCUCGGCGAGAUCGACGCCCAGAUGACCGGGACGGCGAUGGGGGCGGAUUUCGACGCCGAUUUGGCGGAGAUACGGGCGGCCGUGGUGAACGACGUCAACGAGGUGGAGGAGACGCCGCUGUUCACCGCGGCCGAGAAGGGGUUUCUUGAUGUGGUCGUCGAGCUGCUCAAGUACUCCGAUCGGGAGAGCCUCACCAGGAAGAAUAGAUCCGGAUUCGAUGUUCUCCAUGUCGCUGCUAGACAAGGACACCAAGCAAUUGUACAGAUACUUUUGGAUCAUGACCCAACUCUCAUCAAAACUUUUGGUCAAUCAAAUGCAACUCCCCUUAUAACUGCAGCAACAAGAGGACAUACAGAAGUUGUGAAUCUCUUGCUAGAACAGGAUGCUAGCUUAAUCGAGUUAUCAAAAAACAAUGGAAAAAAUGCUCUGCACUUUGCUGCACGACAGGGAUAUGUCGAAAUAGUAAAAGCAUUGCUUGGGAAGGAUCCACAGCUUGCCAGAAGGACUGAUAAGAAGGGUCAAACUGCUUUGCACAUGGCAGUGAAGGGAACUAGUUCUGAAGUUGUUAAAGCCCUUGUGGAUGCUGAUCCAGCUAUAGUGAUGCUACCGGACCGAGCUGGGAACACGGCAUUACAUGUUGCAACAAGGAAAAAACGUGCAGAGAUUGUAAAUCUUCUACUGCUCCUCCCAGACACAAAUGUGAAUGCAUUGACGAGAGAUCAUAAAACUGCUUUUGACAUUGUCGAAGGUCUACCUCUUUCUGAAGAGUCUGCUGAUAUCAAGGAGUGCUUAUCUCGUUGUGGAGCAUGUAGGGCCAAUGAACUGAAUCAGCCACGAGAUGAGCUGCGGAAGACUGUGACCGAGAUAAAACAGGAUGUUCAUAUACAGCUUGAGCAGACAAGGAAAACAAACAAAAACGUCCAUGGGAUUGCCAAGGAGCUCAGAAAACUUCACAGAGAGGGCAUUAACAAUGCCACUAACUCCGUUACUGUGGUUGCCGUGCUCUUUGCGACGGUGGCAUUCGCGGCCAUUUUUACAGUGCCUGGUGGAACCCAAGACACCGGAGUGGCAGUAGUCGUGCAGAAGGGGUCUUUCAAGGUAUUCUUCAUCUUCAAUGCCAUCGCACUGUUCACGUCGCUGGCCGUUGUGGUGGUUCAGAUAACUCUUGUCCGGGGAGAAACUAAGGCGGAGCGGCGAGUGGUGGAGAUCAUCAACAAGUUGAUGUGGUUAGCCUCCGUCUGCACUACUGUUGCCUUCAUUGCCUCAUCAUACAUUGUUGUGGGUCGCCAUUUCCAGUGGGCUGCCAUUCUCGUGACACUGAUAGGUGGUGUGAUAAUGGCUGGUGUUCUCGGCACCAUGACCUUCUAUGUGGUGAAAUCGAAGCGGACCCGAUCAAUAAGGAAGAGGGAGAAAUCCAUGAGGAGGAGCGCCUCGAGCUCGUGGCAUCACAACUCUGAGCUCUCUGAUUCCGAGAUCGAUAGAAUAUAUGCCAUCUGAAUCGGGUUCAUUAAACCUCAAUUGCUGCCUUCGACUACUUUUCGCUACUGUACGUACUCUACUAGGAAGAAUCCCAGCUAAUGUAUGUCGUACUUACGUUACGGCUGUAUGGCUUCGUGCCAUCCAUUUGUACUAAGGAGAUUUAUCUGAGUUAUCUUAGCAUGCGCUGUAGAACCGGACUCUCUGCUUAAUCUUUACACUGAAUUCUCUGGU